CAGACUUCAGGGCAGGCUCUGGCACUGUGGUCCAGGGAAGGGACCAGUCAGUCUCCCAUUUACCUGUCUUGAGGCACCAUGAUCCCUGAGGGGGCUCUUUGUUAUACAUAACGAAGGGCCAAGGCAGAGUGAGGACUUUCAGUCUCCUACUUCUCUGCAGGCCCCUUAUUCAGUUGUCAUGACGUUGGACUCCUCGAUGGCAGAUCAGAUGACCCGGCUGAGGUUACAACUCCUGGAACAGAUGCUGGAGCAGGAACGGGACAGCAUGGACAGAGCAGGACAGCAGGAAAAGUCAGACACAGCCCUCCAGAGUGCUUUGAGGAGAAGGAAGGACCUUCUACAGAGACUCUGGGAGCAGCAGCUGAUGGAUGAGCACUCCCCAGCCCAUGCCUGGAGGAUGCAUGGAAGAGCUGCAGUGCCAACCCUGAACCCAGAGGUGCCUCCCACAGAUGUCUUCCCUGCUGCCUCCCCACCUUUGCCCCGACCCCCAGAGCCACCAAGGAUCAUCCAGCACCCGGUCCCCCAGGCUCCUGCCACCAUCAUUCAGCAGCUACCGCAGCAGCAGCCACUGAUUGCACAGAUUUCUCCUCCUCAGGCCUUUCCCACUCCGAGGUCAGGAAGUAUUAAGGAAGACAUGGUGGAGAUGAUGCUGAUGCAGAACGCGCAGAUGCACCAGAUUCUCAUGCAGAACAUGAUGCUCAAAGCCCUGCCCCCUGGGUCCUCAGGCCCCCGUGCUGCUACCCUCCAGGACCAACGAUGGAUGCACCACGGAGUCCCAAGAGCUGAAAAGCAGAAGCCACCCCCGGUUCACCACCACCACCACUACGCGCCCACCACUCAGCUGCCCGCUGCCUCCACGGCUGGCGCCCCUGCAGGUUAUGCCAUGUGGCCUCCAGUGGUCGCAGCCACUGCGUUCCCACACGCAGCCAGCUUCUUGCCCACUGUGAGCCACCUGACCGAGGCAUCGACCUCCCAUCCUAGCUAUCCUUAGCACACAAGUGUGGAGGGAGAAAGCUAGUGUCUUGCGGCAGAAGGAAGAUAUUUGGCAGAUGUUUUGUCUCAGAUGGCCUGGCAAUGCUGGGCUAACAAGGAGGAAGUAGCCUGGGAGCAUCCUGGCUCUGGGAGCACCAUCAGCCUCUGGAAGCUAUGGGAGUGUACAUGGACCCACCCUCACACACAGUCUUCCCCGUCCCUUUCAAGCCUGCUGUCUGAGGACCACCUGUGGGAGACUAAAGAGUCUGAGCAGGCCCUGUAGUGGGCUUAGGGGGUCCCCAGUGACUCAGGGAAAAGCUUCUCCUGGCCAUGCCCCUUAACAGUGGUGACAGGGACUGCACCACUGUGCACAACUUUACUCUGAGAAGAUGCACAGUACGCCCCAGAGAUUUUAAAGAUGGCUCAAGUGUGUGAGCGGCCAAUCCACAGAGUCCAUGAAACUCUCAUCAAGAUCACAGGCCCCAGCUGGAGAGAUGGCUCAGCGGUUAAGAGCACUGACUGCUCUUCUGAAGGUCGAGUUCAAAUCCCAGAAACCACGCAGUGGCUCACAACCAUCUGUAAUGAGAUCUGACGCCCUCUUCUGGUUUAUCUGAAGACAGCUACAGUGUACUUACAUAUAAUUAAUAAAUCUUUGGGCUGGAGCGAGCAGGGCCGGAACGAGCAGAAAUCCUAAGUUCAAUUCCCAGCAAUCACACGAUGGCUCACAACCAUCUACAGUGUACUCAUAUACAUAAAAUAAGUAAAUCUUUUUUUUAUUAGGUAUUUAGCUC